AUGUCUCUAAUAAAAUAAAAAUGCGUGUGAAGCGCUGAGGAGCCCCUUGGCUUUCCUCGCAUCCGACGGUGGUACCCCGGGGCGGGGAGGCUUGUCGCCGUUGACGGAGGAGGGGAGCAACAAGCGGUGGUGCUCUGCUGGCCGACUCCGACCCGACGUGAGCGUGCAUCCCUCCCAUACUCACUCGAGCCACACAUCUCCAUCUCCCCUGCACGUCUCUCCUCCUCCCACGCCGUGCUCUCGACCGUGCAGGUGCGGCGCCGCGGCAGCUACAAUUAGGAUUGGUUUGGGGCUUUCUCCUGUGGCGGCGUCCGGGUCUGGCGGUGGUGAGGCCGGCCGCUUUGGCCCUCUCAUCGAUCUUGGCUGCUUUUCUCAGCUCGUUGGGUUCAGAUUGUUUUUGAGACAGAAACACAACAUGCAGUGCUCUAACCUUGGCAGCAAAAAUGGUCUAAAUUUCAUUAACAAGCAGCACAAGGCGGCGGCGCUGCUUCUUCCCCCAAAACAAAAUUUGGAGGAGGGGAAGGAAGAGGCCGGGAUGACGUCGAAGAAGAAGAAGCAGAAGCGCAAGGAGUGCAAGCACGUGAAGAUUAUGCCGUCAUCUCCUUGUGCCUCCGCGGCCAAAACCCCAAUCUUGGAGCAGGAGGAGAAGGUGACAAAGAAACGGAAGAGGAGGAUGAAGCAGGAGCCAUCCGGCAACUUGCUCUUGCCACUUCAGCCUGGCUAUGCCUGUAACUCAUUCCUUCAGUCCCCCGCACCCGAGAUCCUAACGUUGGAAGAGGCGGCGGUGAUGAUUAGGAAGAAGAAUAUGCGUAAAGAGCAGAAGGUGGACGCGCUGCCUUUUACCCAGAAUCCUACCUUAGAGGAGGAGCAGGGGGAGAAGAAGAAGGAGCGCAAGCGUGUGGAGCAGAUAUUAUUAUCUCCUUCUACACCUGUUCCUGCUGGAACCCCAAUUCAGGAGCAGGAGGUGAACGUGAGAAAGAAACAGAAGAGAAGGAUGGAGCAGCAGCCAUCAGACAACUCGCAGUUGCCACUACACCCUGGCCAUGCCUGUAACCCAUUCCUUCAGUCCCCCGCGCCUGAAAUCCUAACGUUGGAAGAGGCGGCGGCGAUGAUGAGGAAGAGGAAUAUGCGUAAAGAGCAGAAGGUGGAUCCUACCUUAGAGGAGGAGCAGGGGGAGAAGAAGAAGGAGCGCAAGUGCGUGGAGCAGAUAUUAUUACCUCCUUCUACACCUGUUCCUGCUGGAACCCCAAUUCAGGAGGAGGAGGUGAAUGUGAGAAAGAAACAGAAGAGAAGGAUGGAGCAGCAGCCAUCGGACAACUCGCAGUUGCCACUACACCCUGGCCAUGCCUGUAACCCAUACCUUCAGUCCCCCGCGCCCGAAAUCCUAACAUUGGAAGAGGCGGCGGCGAUGAUGAGGAAGGAGCAGGGGGAGCAGAUAUUGUUAUCUCCUUCUUGUGUUGCUGCUGAAACCCCAAUUCAAGGGCAGGAGAUGAAGGUGAUCAAGAAACAGAAGCAGAGGAGGGGGCAGGAAUUAUCCGGCAAAUCACAGGAGCCAUCUGGCAAUUUGCCAUUGCCACUUCACCCCAGCCAUGCCUGUAACCCUCUACUAGCUGCCCCACUCCUGAAAUCCCCCGCUCCUGAAAUCCUAACAUUGCAAGAGGCUGCGCCGAUGAUGAGGAGAAGGAAGAUGCCUAAAGAGCAGAAGGUGGAUGCGCUGAUUUUCCCCCCAAAUCCUACCUUAAAAGAGCAUUGGGAGGAGGCCAUGAUAGCGACGAAGAAGAAGAGAAAGGGCAAGUGCAUACAGCAGAUAUUGUCAUCUCCUUCAGCAUCUAUUGCUGCUGAAACUCCAAUUCAGGAGCAGGAGGAGAAGGUGACCAAGAAACAAAAGCAGAGGAUGGGGCUGGAAGCAUCCAGCAACAUGCCGUUGCCACUUCACCCUGGCGAUGUCUCCAAGCCCCUACUCCCUGCCCCAUUCCUUCAAGCUGCCGCUCCCAAAAUCCUAACGUUGAAAGAGGCGGCAGCAAUGAUGAGAAAAAGGAAGAUGCAUAAAGAGGAGAAGGUGGAUGCACUGCCUUUUGCCCAAAAUCCUACCUUAGAGGAGGAGCAGCUGGAGGAGGCCAUGAUGGUGACGAAAAAGAAAAAGCACAAGCGCGUGGAGCAGAUAUUGUCACCUCCUUCUUCAUCUGUUACUGCAGAAACUCCGAUUCAGGAGCAGGAGGUGAAGAAACAGAAGCAGAGGAGAAGGCAGGAACCAUCUGGCAAGUCAGACCUGCCAUCCGGCAACUCGCCAUUGCCACUUCACCCUGGCCAUGCCUUUAAUCCCCUAUUCGCUGUGCCAUUCCCUCAGUCACCUGCUCCCGAAAUUCUUACGUUGGGGGAGGCGGCGGUGGCGGAGACAAUGAGUAAGAGGAAGAUGCGUAAGGAGAAGGUGGCUGCGCUGUCUUUUGCCCGAAAUCCUACCUUGGAGGAAGAGCAGGGGGAGGAGGCCAUGAUUGCGACGACUAAAAAGGAGCGCAAGCGUGUGGAGCAGAUAUUGUCAUCUGCUACAUCCAUUGCUGCCGAAACCCCAAUUCAGGAGCAGGAGGUGAAGGUGACCAAGAAACAGAAGCAGAGGAGGAAUCAGGAACCGUCUGGCAAGUCACCAUUGCCACUUGACCCUGGCCAGAGUCGCUGUGUUCAAUCACAAGGAGCCAAAGCUCCACCAGAACAAGAGGGAGAGAAUGAUGGCUGCAAGGGGAUUAAAAAGAGCAACGGGAGGAAAACCCGUGUACGUGUCCUCAGUAAGCAUGAGCUCAUCCAGGAGGCAAGGAAGCAGCCUCAGCCACUGCCCGAAGGCUUUGUGCCGUUCAGCGAUUUUGUUGCCAGUUGCACGGAGCAGAACCCUGACCAUUCAUCGCCUUACAGUGCAUUUUUCGACCAGUUCCGCUAUAACCCCGUCUGCAAAGAUCGCAAACCCCCACUUCCCAGAACCCCUGAUCGUCUGGCCAGGUUGCCACCUCGGGGUCACUCAUCAUUUGGGUCAUCUCAGCUCGCCGCAAAUGAAGCUUCCAGAGCUUCUAGGCCGGACACCAUUCUAGCGUCCAAGACAAAGCAGCAAGAUUCAGGUUUGGGAUCACAAGAGAAAGUUAGUGUAGAAGUAAAGGAAAACCCUGAAAACAAGACGAGGGAGAAGAAGCAAAGGAAACUAUCUGGCAAGUCACGAUUGCCAUUUGACUCCAGCCGGACUUGCUGUGUUCAGCUACAAGGAACCAAAGCUCUACCAGAACAGGACCAAGAAACUGAUGCCCCAAAGGUUAACAAUAUUGAAAAAAGGAACAGCAAGAAGGCCCAUGCCUGUGCUCCCAGCAAAUGCGAACUCUUCAAGGAGAUGACAAAGGAGCAGACGCUGACUGAAGGCUUUUUGGCACCCAAAGAUUUGGUUCCCAAUUGCACUGAGCAGAGUCCCAAUUAUUCAUCGCCUUCUGGUGCAUCCUUUGAUCCGUUCUGCUAUAGAUCUGCCCGGCAAGAUCUCAAUCCCCAACCUUCUAGAAGCACUGAUCAUCUAUCCAAGCUGCCACCUCGGCAUUACCCAUCAUUUGAGUUGCCUGAGCUCACUAUGAGUGAAACCUCCAAGGCUUUCAAGGCUAACAAUUCUGUGGAGUCCAAGUCAAAGAAGAAAGAUGCAGGUUCAGGCACCUCAGGCUCACAGAAGAAACAAAAUGUAAAAGAAAAGACAACCCCUGAGAAGAAGACGAGGAUCAGGAAACCACGACCAGUGUUUACCGCUGCUGAGAAGCGCUCAGACAAAUACCGACGCGUUCCCUUGGACCAGCUGGUAUCACCGCCACGUUCUCCUCAUAAUCUCUUGCAGGAGAAGUACGCCUCUGACCCGUGGAAGGUUAUGCUCAUCUGCAUGUUCCUCAACUUAACACAGGGUAUACAGGUCAAGAGGAUAUUGGAGGGCUUCUUUGAACGCUAUCCUGACCCUUGGUCUGCAAUUAACGCUGAUCCUGACAAGAUGGCGGAGUAUCUAGCGCCUCUAGGGUUGCAGCAUGUUAGGACACGCAAUAUCAAGAAAUUGUCCAAGCAGUAUGUUGGAAAUGAAUGGACCCAUAUUACGCAGCUUUGUGGCGUCGGCAAGUACGCAGCUGAUGCUUAUGCAAUAUUUUGUGCGGGUAGGGCGAGGGAGGUGGUACCUGAUGAUCACAAGUUAGUUGAUUACUGGAACUAUGUCUGCUUUGAGUUGCCCAUGACGCAGAUGGAUUAGUUCAGUGCCAGUACAUGUUCAGUGAAGUGCAAGGGGAAGCAGAUGUGGAUGACGCCAUGCAGUCCUACUAGAUGGGAUAAUUUUAUAGUGUAACUGGGGUUGGUUUUGCGUGGUUCAUGUACCUUGGAUACUCUUGCUCCUUUAGAUUAGUGUUAAGCCUUAUUGAGAUGAUAUUACCUGACAAGCACAUCUGAUGGAUGCAGCGAGUUAUGUUUGCAGUUGCCAUUCGUUAGUUUUCUUUUGUAUAUAUAUACUCGCGUCAUCAGUUCAAAGCUUGGUACUGAUUCA